UCUUUCCGGCCGCCAUCUCGCUUAACUCCGCGUGCCGUGCCGGGUGCUGCGCCUGGCCCGCAUCUUUCUUCCUUCCUCUUGCUCUGGUGUCACCGCUCCUAUCCCGGGAAGAUGAAAGAGACAAUCAUGAACCAAGAAAAGCUCGCCAAGCUGCAAGCUCAAGUGCGCAUCGGUGGCAAGGGUACUGCCCGCAGAAAGAAGAAGGUUGUCCACAGAACAGCUACAGCAGAUGACAAGAAACUUCAGUUUUCGUUGAAGAAACUGGGAGUCAACAAUAUUUCUGGAAUUGAAGAGGUAAACAUGUUUACUAACCAAGGAACAGUCAUUCACUUCAAUAACCCUAAAGUUCAAGCAUCUCUGGCUGCUAAUACUUUCACUAUUACUGGUCAUGCUGAAACAAAGCAGCUGACAGAAAUGCUUCCUAGCAUCUUAAACCAGCUCGGAGCUGACAGUUUGACCAGCCUGAGGAGACUGGCAGAAGCCCUUCCCAAGCAAUCUGUGGAUGGAAAAGCUCCACUUGCUACUGGUGAAGAUGAUGAUGAUGAAGUUCCAGAUCUGGUUGAAAACUUUGAUGAAGCUUCAAAGAAUGAGGCAAAUUGAACUAAGUGUAACCUUGAGAAUAAAGUUUAAACUUGAAAAAGCAGCUUGGAGUUGCUAUUUUAUAUUGUGACUCCUUUGAUUUUGUUCUUAUUUCCUUAUGAGAUAUCAAGAUUUGUGAUACUUGGAAAAUCCUUGAACCUGCAGCUGGUUAGUUACUGCUCAUACACAAUACUAUAUUGUGGCCUGAUUGAACAAAUCUCUGCUUUGAAAUAAGUCACAUUGCUAACAAAUCUCUGCCUAGGCACAAUUUUUUAGUAACUCGUAUACAAGCAAAACCUCAUCUUUAAUGAACUUUGACAUACAAUAAAAAUAUA